AAUGUAAACAUUCGCAAGUCAUUCACCUUUGUGAUAAUUGGUUGCUUUGCUGUAGGUUACAUUUUGAAGAUGCCAUAUAUAUCAGCAGAUGGCACGGUGGGAGGUAGUCCCAACUACUUCAGUGUCCAGGGCCUGCUUGGACUGUUCUGGGCUGUAGUCAACUUCUUCCAGCUCUUUUUCCGGACGCUGAUCAGCCCUGACGACAACAAGCGUGGCAGAAGCUACACGUCUGACUACCGGGCGCCGGGUCAGGGCGGCGGUGGCGGGGGCGGCGGCGGCGGCGGCGGGGGCUGGGGCGGCGGCGGCGGCCCGGGCGGACCUCCGCGGGGCAUGCCGCGCCGCCGUAUGGGCGGCUUCAGCACCGGCCAGGGGGCGGCCGGCGCGCCGCCCAUGGCCGGAGGCGGAUGAGGUCGGUAAACGCCCGGUGCUGGCCGCUCCUGACGGGGCGGCGGCGCCGGGCACUGACGGGUGAGCGGCGGCGCGCGCGGCGCUGAGCCCGGCCUCUGGUCGGCGGAUGACGCAGCUCCGGGAGUCCCUCUCCGGGUCCGGGGCUGCCGAGGACGCUCAGCGCCGCCGCGCGGGGACAGGGGGUCAGCAAGUGGCGGCCGGGGGUGCUCCACUGCGCCCGGCCUGCCUGCAAACUGACAUGUUGUGCGGAUAAAUUUUCAAGUUGCCAUUCCUGAAGCACCCUUUGAUAUCUAUAGCGUGGGGUGUUAUUCGAAAAAGUCAUACCGCCUUGGAUUGUGAUUCUGAAAUGCGUGUUAAUAUAUUAUUAAGCUGCAUUCAUCUUUAGAGCUGAAGGUAUCCAGCUUUUAUUGAUAGCAUAGUUCCAUAGUGCAUUAUAACACUAUGAUAGUUCUUAGAGUUUCUUGUGUCAUCUCAACGCCGUUUGAUGAUAGCAUAUUGUUCAGUGGAGGGUUUGGUGUUUGUGUUCAGUGUUCACACAGGUAACAGCGAGGUCCAGUAACCUAUCGACCUGUUUGCGUUAGUGUAUAAGACAGUACCGUACCGAUAAGUCGGCAUCGGAGACUACUAACUGAAGUCCAUGGUGGCAUGUGAGAAGCUGAGUGCUCUCUUAGAGUUGUGCACCAUGUUGUGCACCAUCACUUGGCUCAGAAAAUGUGAUUACGUCUCGCUGUGGCAAAUACAAGAGCCUAACUGGUA